UGCUGUAGGGGUACUAGGGACACGGAACCCCGGUUUCAGCCCUCGGGUGGCCCGCCCCUUCCCUCCUUUCCUGCGCUGGGGACUGGGGCAAGCAGGCAGGAAGGAAGCCCGCACCCUGGGGUGAGCUUGCUCCCUCCCCUGCUCUCCCUGUACUCGGCGCUUUCACUUCCUCUGCUUGCUGCUCGCUGCAGGAGCAUCUCGGUGCCCGGGCCCCCGACCCUCCCCAUGGCCGACACGUACACGUACGCUGUGGUGCAGAAGCGUGGCGCCCCCGCGGGCACAGGGCCGGGGACGCGGGUGCCCAGCAGCGCGGACACCACGCUCUACAGCCACGUGGCUCCGCGUUCCCAGCGGCUGGUGACACACACCGAGGACGCCAGGGGGACGACGCCACUGGGCCAUGUUCCUGCGGAUCAGAACCCUCCCGGGCCUGAUGCAUAUGAAGAAGUAACAAAUGGAGCGCAGACUGGUGGUCUAGGCUUCAACUUGCGCAUUGGAAAGCCCAAAGGGCCACGGGAUCCUCCAGCGGAGUGGACACGGGUGUGAGUGCUGCGCCAGUUACGGCCUGUCUCUCAGUGGUGGCUGGACUUCUGCAGCCAACAUGCUGCUGUGCACUGUGUUGGGAAUGGGACUUGUGGGUCUUCAUCAAAAUAAAAGUUUCUCAGGGAGGAAAAAAA